AAAAAGGGACCCACCUGGGUGGGUCCCAACAAGUGAUCAAGUCUACAGCAAGAUAAGGGGUUUGUAACUCCUCACCGUCCUUCUUUUUCAGAUGUAUCAGGUUUGAAUAAUUGUUUCCAGACGAUGAUGGGUUUAAGGGCAAAUAUCUAGGAAAGAAGUUCUCAUUAUGGAUCAGUCAGAGUUAGAGAGGAGCGGAGCAGAGAAAGGAACAGAUUGGGAGGAAGCACUCCAAGUAUAUGAAAAAGUGAUUGCCUGUGGGAGUGAGGCUUUGCAAAUACGAGCCAUAAUCAAGCUUGCACGUCUUGCUAACCAUGCACCUGAGGAUAUAUUGGCAUGUACCAUACCCAUCCUUGCAGAGCUUCUUGGUAGUCCUAGUAAUUUGAGUGGUUCCAUUCAGGAAGCAAUUGUGUACUGCUUGAAAUGCAUUGCUUGUCAGGGACAGGGAAAAUUGGCUGUAAUCAUUGGCCAAUCUAGCGCUGUUCCUUCCCUCUUCAGGUUAUUAGAUCAAUCUGAUGGUAGUUUACAAAGAGUUAUUUUAAAAUGCCUUCGAAAUAUUGUUACAUUUGGAGAGCUUAAUCGCAUAAUUCUAGUUCGAAAUGGUGGGCUAGAAAUUGUCCUUAAUAUGUUGAAUUCCUGCCCUGAUGGUUCAAGGCGCUUAUUGUUAGAAAUUUUAAGUGCAUUGGCUCUUUUGAGAGAGGCUAGGAAGGUCAUUGUUCGUUUAGGAGGCCUUAGUUUUCUUGUUGAAUCUGCUAAACGUGGCAGCAUGAUAUCUAGAAUUAGAGCCGCUCAGGCAAUUGGGUUACUUGGACUGGUUAGAAAAGCGAGGCGGAUGCUUGUUGAGUUAGGUGUUAUACCGGUGCUUAUUGAAUUACUUCGGAAUGGAGAUAGCUCAACAAAGCUGGUAGCUGGUAAUGCUCUUGGCAUCAUCUCAUCUCAUGUUGAUUACAUUAGGCCAGUUGCUGACGCCGGAGCCAUUGCUUUAUAUGUGGAGCUUCUUCAAGGACCUGAACCCGUGGGUAAGGAGAUUGCAGAGGACGUAUUUUGUAUUUUAGCUGUUGCUGAAGCAAAUGCUAUUACAAUUACCGAGCACUUGGUGAGACUCCUUAGAGGAGGAGAAGAUCACGCCAAGGCUGCAGCCGCCGAUGUUCUCUGGGAUCUCUCAGGCUACAAGCACUCUUUAUCUGUUAUUCGAAACUCUGGAGCAAUUCCGAUUCUGGUUGAGCUUUUGAGGGACGGGAAUGAUGAUGUUAGGGAGAAGGUUUCUGGGGCUAUUGCUCAGUUGAGUUACAAUGCGGAGGAUCGAGUAGCCCUUGCCGAUGCGGGUGCAAUUCCAACUCUCAUUGAUAUGCUGCUGGUCGAGUCGGAGGAGCUGAAGGAUAACGUUGCAGAAGCCCUUGUGAAUUUUUCGGAGGACCCCUUACUGUGUGAUAGAAUAACCGGUGUUUUCAGCAUUCCUUCGUUCCAGGAUAUGCAGGAUAGAUUGAUCCAGAUUCGUGCUUCUGAUGCUCGUUUGACUGUGUCUUUGAGACAGAUAAGCAUUGAGCAUCUCACUUGGGACCCUGGUCUUGAUUGAAUUGUAUUGCCAUGGUUUUUUGUUCUCCCCUGUAAAAUCUGUCAUUUUUAGAAUAUUUGGUUAGCAGUUGUAUAAUAAUAUGUAAUCUAAGAAAUGAUUGAAUGGAAAUAUUUCGUAUUUUUCUCAUCAA